AGACACUCCCUCACCGCUCCGCUUCAGGUCUGGGUGUGUAAUUUGUAGACACUCCCUUGCCCCUGCGCAGGCCAAUCGCAGUAGUGUGAGUGUUUCGUUUCCGGGAUGUUUGGUGAUGUGGCUCUGCUCAGAAAUCCUAAACACGACGUUUAUUAAAGAGUCCCAGUACAGCCCGCAGUGUUACUCGCUUCAGGAGGAUCCAGAGCAGGGCGGCCAUGUUCAGCCGGCUGACCCAGGGCGUGACCUCCGUCCUGCAGGAGUUAUCUGGGGAGGAGCGGCGCGACGAUGAUGCUGAUCCUCAGGACGGCUUGGUGCCGAGGAUGCUCUCCAGCCCAGAUGCCUCCUUGGAUGUCUCAGGGGCCUCAGAGGAGAUGCUGGAGCGCCUGGCUCAGACAGAACAGCUGGUGGUUCAGCUUAAAGAGCUGAUCAGGGAGAAGGACGGUCAGCUGGCCUGCGCAGAGAAACUUCUCAAGGAGGAGAAGGAGCAGGGUGAAGCAAAGUUCACCAAACUGAAAAUGCAGGCGAAAGCCAAGAUGGCCGCCCUGAAUAAACAGAUCACCGAGCUGAAAGGACAGGAGGCGCUCAACAGCAGUCAGAGUUCAGAGACCUCCUUCACGCUGCCUUCUGGCUUGGAGGAUGAACUCCACAAGUUAAGAGAGAAGUUAAGUCAGGAGGAAUCGUCAAAUCAAAGCCUGCAUGAGCAGCUGAGGGUCGCAGAACAGAGGAUUAAAGAGAAGGAGGACGAGCACGCAGAACAGGUGAGAGUUCUGCAGGCUGUAGUAAAGGACAAAGACGUGCGGUUUCAGGAGCAAAUCCAAAAGCAUGAGGAGGAGUUGCUUCAGCUCAACACACAGGCCUCGAACGAUGCUGAGCUCCAGCAGGCCCUGCGUGAUUCUCAGAGGAAAAUCGAGGAGCUGGAGGAGUCUUUGCGCUCUCGAUCAGAAGUCCUGGAGAUGUUACAGCAGGAGCUCAACAGUGCAGAUCAACAAAAACAGAUUCUGACUGCGCAGUUCAGACAAAUGGAGCAGGAGCUCGCUGAAGCCCACAAACUCAGAGAACAGGAGAGGCACCAAACAGCCCUGCAGGCUGAGGAACAAAUCCAAGCCCUGAGAAACAAUCUGGAAGCUUUAGAGAAGGAGAAAGAGCAGACCGUUAUGGCUCUUGAGGCAAAGCUCUCCCAGAGGACGUCUGAGCUGGACCAAGUGAAAGCAAGCCUGGAUGAAAGUGUCAGUAAAGAGAAGGAGAUGGAUGCUGGUGUUGAGGCGGAGCUAACAACGCUGCGUGCCAACCUGGAGGCUUCAGAGAGGCAGAGAGAGGAAGUGAGCAAGAAGCUGGAGGUCGAGGUUGAACGUCGUGUGGCCGAGCUGCACCUGUUACAGGAGAAGCUCGAUGCGGUGGAAAGGGAACGAGAGGAAGCGUCCCGGAGCGAGAGAGAGGAGCUGACACGGCUGCAGACGGAGCUCGUGUCCCUCACAGAAAGGCUGGACACUGAGAAAGACGUACAGGAAGCAGGUGUACAAGCCAAGCAGGCGCUGGAGAAGCUCUGGAAGGGGCUUCACUCUCUGGGCAGUGAAGACGCUGAGGUGGAGAUGGUGGUGCCAGAAGAUCCUGCACAGGUCCUGACCGUUCUGGAGGAAAGACUGAACCACCUGAGAGUGGAACAUCAGGACAGAGAAGCACGGAUGUCUCAAAUCAUCGUCACCAUAGAAACACUGCAAGGACAGUUAGAUAGAAGCACGGCGGAGGGCGAGGAGGCAGGGCUCAGGAUCCAGCAGCUCGAGCGGCAGCUUGCAGAGCGUCAGGUCACUGACGAGCCACUGGGAGAUCAGCUGACUGACGGUUCUGUGAGGGAUUUGGACCAAGCAGAAGGUACAGAUGGACAACAUUCUGAGAAGGUCUUGAUGUUGGAGCAGCAGCUGGUUGAGCAAGAAAAGGAACUUGCUGCCCUCAGGGAACGUCUGGCGUUAAAUGAGCUGCAAAACCUGACAAUUUCACACCAAGACAAUUCUGACUUUCAAAAUACUGAAAACAUUCCUAGCAUAUCUGACAGUUCUGCAGCACUACCCGAUCUUGAAAAUGUUUCAGAAGAAGACACAACACUGAUUGCAGUGGAUACAGAAACAUCUACUAUGUCUACAUCUAUCGUGUCAUCAUCUGCUGACAAUGAAAGCAGUCCUGAGGUGACUGGAAUGCAGCUUGAGUCACCUGUAGAGUUAAAGGGAGCUUCCUCUGAUGAGAUGGUAACUAGCACGGACUCAGAAGUUGCUCAUAGCAGCUGGACACUCCUGGAAGCUAUUAAUCAAGAUGCCAGUCAAGAGUGGCCUCAGCAAAUUCAGGACUUGAAUGCUCUACAUGUUUCCACCUCCUCCUGGGAAACAAGUGAAGAGCAGGUCACAUCUACAUGCUCAAUGGUAAAGGUAGAAUCAUCAUCCAUGGUUAUCCAUGAGACCGUAGAGAUUCAAAUUGGCCAGCAGGAAGCAAACAUGCUGAAUGCUGAUUCCAGUCCUAGUCAUGUUUUUGCACAGAUGCUGGCAGAGGAAGUCCAGAAAAAACACAGCGAACUACUGCAUGAACUUCAACAACUGAAAGAUUUAGCUGCUGAAGCCCAGGACAGAGUGCACCUGCUGGAAGAGGAACUAAAGUCACUGACAGAUGUUAAAGAUGAAGCAGAAGCAAGGGCCUUGAGAUAUGAAAGAGACUUGAUGGAGGCCCAAGCUAAGAUUCAUAAAGAAGCAGAGCAGAAGACAUUGGAGAAAGUCCAUGAGGAACAACUGGAGAUUUUACAAAAGGAGGCUGACUCCAAGGAUGAGAAGAUCCAAUCACUGCAAGCAGAUCUUGAUGAGAUCCAGCAGAAACUCCUCGAGAAAGAAGGUCAUGCCCAGAUGCUGGGUGUGCAGUUGGAGGACAGAGAACUUGUCUGUUCUGAUCUGGAAGAGAAAGUCAUCAACAUGGAGACAAGGGUUCAACAGUUUUCCGAGGAGGCUGAGAGAGCUAACACUGCUCUCCUUGGCAAGACCAAUGAGCUUGAUGAUUUGCAGCAGUCUCUUUCCCUGAAGAAACAGGAGAUGAUCGAACUCAGUGAAAGCAUGACUGCUAAACUGCUUCAAGCAGGCGAGGAAAAGUUUGCAAUAUCUAGUGAGGUCAAAAUGCUAAAAGAGCAGAUGUUGGAGCUUGAGAAAACGUGGCAUGACCAGGAGAAAGUGAAAGCAGAUAAAACAGAUUUUGAGAGUGAGAACUUGGUUGCAUUGCGGAAGGAGAACGAGAACCUGAUUGCUCAAAUAGCUACUAUGAAAGCAGAUGGGGAGCAGGUGAAGAGAAAGUUGCAGGCAGCUUUGGUUCAACGCAAAGAGUUGAUGAAAAAAAUUGCUGGGUUUGAAAAGGGAGCAGAAGAAAGCAAAGAAAAAGUAAAUCCAGAGGCUGAGGUCAAGCCUGAGGAAUGGGAAAGAGAACAGGAAUUACAGAAGCUUGAAGCACAAUUACAAGAGACCAGACAAGUCUUGAUUUCCAAAGAAGAGGCUUUAAAAGAUCUUGAACAGAAAGCGCUGAGCCAGGAUGAAGCACUGGCUGAGGCGCAGGUAGAAAUCCUACGUCUAGUUGAGGAGGCUAAAGCGUUAAGUGAAAAUGGACAAACGAUAAGCCAAGUUCAAGAAGAUAACACUAGACUCCAAUUACAGGUCACCAGCAUGGAAUCUGAUCUUGAUGCGUUGCAGAAAAAGCUCCAGGAAGCCAUGGAUUCUCGUAAAGACACCCUGCGCAAGGCAAAAGAAAAAGAUAGGCAUCAUCGUGAGCAGCUGAGACAGCAAAAAGAAGAAUACAGUGGUCUUCUGGAACGUUUUGAAGCUACCGAUGAAGAGAAUGCCGAUCUUAUAAAACGUGUAAAAGAGCUAGAAAGUCUUGUGGAAUCAAGGGAACCCGGAGAUACAAAAAAGCUUGUGAAUGUAGAGAAACUGUCAGAGAGUACACCUGUGAAUGUGGAGAAACCUGUAUCAGGGGAUUGGGUUCAAGAGGAUUGGGUAGACUUUACGACAUCUGAUACAGGAAUCAAUCAACAAGGAUCAGCUUCUGAUCAAACUCCACGGGUCACCUCAAAAAAUCAUGAGAGUGUGAUCAGUUCUCUCCAAGACUUGAUAAAAUCUGAGCAAGCUGCUCGUGUGGAUCUAGAAAUACAGCUGCAAGAAAGAGUGGCAUCUCUGUCACUCAAGGAGGCAGAGUUGUUUGAACUUAGCAAAGAACUGGAGACAUUGAGGGCAAAGGAGAAACAGAUAGAUGCUCUUUCAGAAGAACUAGAUGCAUUGAGAAAUAAGUGUGAGCAAGCAGAAGCCCAUGCUGAAAUGUUAAAGGCAGAAGUGGAGGAGGCUGCCGCUGCAGUCAAGACAAGCAUCUCAGAUGCAGAAUCUCCUGUUGUAGCUCUUCAAGCAGAGGUGGACGAGUUUAAGCAGUUCCUCAAAAGCAAAAACGAGGAGAUCAUCGACCUGAGCCAGCAGCUGAGUGAGCAGAGCUUUCUUCUACAGAAAAUGCAGGAGACUGUAUUGGAAAAAGAUCAGCUAAUUGCUUCUUUACAAGAGGGAUUGAAAAGUGAGCAAGAAAGAAGUCAAAAACUGGAAUCAGAAAUCCCCCAGAAGCAGGAUGAAGAGAGAGACCAAAAUGUCAAAUUGCAGCAGCUUCAGCGUAAACUUCAGGCUGCUCUGGUAUCACGAAAGGAACUUCUUAAAGAAAACCAAAUUUUAAAGGAAGAGCUGACUAAUGCAGAGAAGCUGAGAUCAGAGUUGCUAGAAAAGGUUACAAAUUACGAGGCAAAUCUCAGUAAUCUUAGCACAGAAAAAAGCAAACUAAUUGAAGAGGUGGAUAGGACCUUGCUGGAGAACCAGAGUCUUGGUGCCACCUGUGAAAGCCUUAAGCUAGCAAUGGAUGGUCUGCUUAAUGAAAAAGAAACAUACAAACGGCAAAUUGACAGUGCCAGAGAAGAAGCAGAGCAAGCAUCUAGGCGAUGGGAAGAAAAACUCCAAGGCAUGAAAGAGGAGUAUGAGACCUUACUGAAGUCGUAUGAGAAUGUAAGUGAUGAAGCAGAACGGGUUAGAAAAGUGCUGGAGGCUGCAAGACAGGAGAGGCAAGAAUCAGCAUCUAAAGCACGUGCCCAUGAGGUAGCCAGACAAGAGGCAGAAAAGGUAGCGGCAGACGCUCAGAAGGAAGUAGAUACUGUGAAGGAGAAAAUGCGCAAAUUUGCUAAGACAAAACAUCAGAAAAUAAUGGAUCUCGAAGAGGAGAAUGAGAAGCUUAGAGAACAGUUAGAGAAGAAAGGAACCAAAGAAUGGGACAGUAAUUUGCAGCAAGAGCUAGAGAAAGUUCAGAAUGCGUUUGAUUCUUUAAAAGCUAGUUUUGAUUCAUUAGAAGCUGAACGAAGUUCUUUAGAGCAAGAAACUGAAAAACUGAAACAACAACUGGCUCAAGAAUUGGAUAAAAAGAACAAUGAAAGGAUGAAUGUUGGUUUCUCUGAGGAAGUUAAGGAACACAUAGUUGCUCAGCAGUUGAGCCCUGUUUUAAUUGAAAACCAAAAAGAUCUAGUUCUUGGUAGCUUUUCAAAAGAGUCUAAUCUGUUGGAGCAAGAAGUGCAAAGCCAACCCACAGCAAUGGUUGAGAAGCUGAAAGAGAAGGAGGAAGCUCUCAAGGCAGCAGAGGUCAAGGUAAAAAAACUCCAAGCUGCGCUUGAAGAUGAAAAAAGAACCAGAGAUGAACAAAAAGUGUUGCUUAAUGCAGAAUUAUCUUCUCUAAGGCAACAAAUUCAGGAAUCUGUAGAUAGAGAAGAAAAAAUUAAAGAAGAGUGUCCCAAAAGAGAUACCCAGCUUCAGGUGAAAGCUUCAAGUUUUGAAGAAACUAUGGGAACCAAAGAUGAGCAGGAAUCCCUGUUUAAUGCAGAGCUAUCAUCUCUUAAGAAUCAACUUCACGAGUUUGCAGAAAGAGAGCAGAAUCUGAAGGAAGAGUGUUUUAAGAAGGAAAAUCAGCUUAAAGAACUUCGCAGAAGUCUAGAGGUUGAGAAGGAUGACCUUGAAGAACGACUAAUGAACCAGUUAGCCCAGGUCAAUGGCAGUAUAGCAGGUUACCAACAGGAGGCAGCUGACAGUCGAGAUCGCCUUGCAGACUUGCAGAGAGAACUGGAGAAUGUGCAAAGGGAGAGGGACGAGUUAGAGAUCCAGUUGACAGGGGAAAAAGAUCGAACUGCCAGGCUUGAAGAAGAUAAAAGACAGGCUCAGAGAGAAAGAGCCGAAGCGGAAGCGGAAGCAGGAAAACAGAAAGAGCUUGAGCAGAAGCUUAAAUCUGCACAAAGGGUAAGGGAAGGUAGCCAGAGCCGAGCACGUCAACUUGAGGAACUGCUGAGGGAGAAACAGCUUGAGGUCCGGCAGAUGCAAAAAGACUGCAUCCAGUACCAAGAAAGAAUCAGUGUUGUUGAUCGGGAAGCUAAGGCUCUCCUCUUGAGUAAAAAUGAGGUGUCUAAUGAGCUUGAAUCAGCUCAUCAGGAGAUGGCAAAGAUCAAAGAAGAAAGAAGUAGACUUGAAUCAGAGCUAUUGAUGUACAAAGGGAAGUUGGACGUGGCUCAGUCUGAGGUCAAAGAGGCACGUGCUGAGAAAGCAGCCUCUGAAGAAUUACUAUGCCGGCGAGAGGCCGAACUGAAGUCUGAAGCUGAACGAACCCUUGAUGAGGUGAGGUAUCGCUUGGGAGCAGAGCUUAAACAAAUGGAACAAAGGUUGGAGCAGGCCUACAGAGACCGAGAAAGAGAAGAAGAAGCAACUCUUGUGGCUAAGAAUAUUGCAGAUGCGGCACAAAAAUAUGCACAGGAAACACAAGCACGUUUGGAUGGGUCGCUAGCACGGCUGGCUGCCUUCUCGCGCUCCAUGUCCUCGCUGCAGGAUGACCGUGACCGCGUUCUUGAUGAAGCUAAGCAGUGGGAAAACCGUUUCCACAGUGCCCUCCAGGGAAAAGAGUCUGAACUGAGGGAAGCCGAGAGCAGAGCUAAGGACCUAUCUGAGCAACUUCAGAAGGAGACUACUCAAAAAGAGCAGCUGCAGAGCUCUCUAGAAAGGUUGCAAAAAGAAGAGGAGCGCUGGCAACUGGAGUUGUCCGAGGCAGAGAAAAAGCACAAGGAAUCUCUAAAUGCUUUAGAAAAAGAAAGAGAAGACUUGCAGCAGAAACUGACUGAGACAGAACUCUGUCUUGCCCAGACACAAUCUCAGCUUACCUCGCUGGAAGCGGAAGCAGAAGGUCUACGUCAUCGAGCUAAGGCUCUAGAAGAAGCAGUUGACAAGCUUCAAAGCGACAUCAAUCAAUCCAGGGCUGAUAUUAAGGAACGGGAAACAGAAGAAAGAAGGUUGUGCUUAAAUCUGGAGCAACUAGAGACCGAUCUGCGUUCCUCUAAAACCCUUACAGACACUCUUCAAGCAGAAUUAGCUGUGAAGCAGAAGAGGGAAGUGGAGCUACUUGGAGAGAAGGAACACGCAGUCACUCAGGCUGUGGAGGAGGCCAGGAAGGAAGCAGACAGCAGGGCAGAAAAGGCAGAGAAACAGCUGGAGGAAAGAAGAGCAAUUAUGAGAGAUCUUGAGGAGAGGCUUUGUAAAACCGAGGAGGAUGCCAGCCAAAGCAAAGCUCGACUGGACAACUUCACAAAGGCUAUGGGAUCCCUGCAGGAUGAUCGGGACAGGGUACUAAGCCAAUACAAGCAAUUAGAGGAGCGACACCUCCAGUUAAUGAUGGAGAAGGAUGGUCUUAUUCAAGAAGCCGCUACUGAGAACAACAGCUUGAAGGAGGAGCUUCGUGCCCUUCUGGCCCAACGUGAUGACCUCAAUGCUGAGAAUGCCAAACUGGACGCUCAACUCCAUGGUUACCGAGACGAGUUAAAUCAGGUUCUCUCUAUGAAGGAUUCCCAGCAUAAGAAGCUGCUUUCAGUAGAGCUUGAACGUAUCAGUGCCUUAGAAAAAGAGAGAGAAGAGUUACAGGCCAAGAUGGAGGUUCUGGAAAAAGAAGCUUUGGUUAAAAGAGGCCCUGCAGUGGAGCAUGAGAUUUUGCGCCAGUCUGGACAGGUUGAAGCGACACACCAUGAUGCUCCUGGUGCAGAGGUGGAGAAGCUAAAAGAGCAGCUUCAGGCAGCCAGGAAGGAAAUCAGCACCCUAAGGGAAACACUAGCAUCUGAAAGGGAGGAGUAUGCAGCACACAGUAAGGAGUUGAAAGAGCUGCGCUGGGAGGGCGGGAUACUUCGGACCGAGACCGAGACAGCUGAGGAGAGGGUGGCUGAACUGGCCAAAGACCUGCUGGAGAUGGAGCAGAGGUUCCUGGCAGAGAAGGAGGCAGCAGCCCAACUCCGAGCCCAGAAUCAGGCCUUCGGUCAAGCCAUGGGUUCAUUGCAGGAUACACAUGACGAGGCCAUCAGUGAAUUGAAGGAACUGCGGCUUCGCAUGGAAGAGCGUCACCAGUCGGGACACUCAUCAGCGCCACCCAGCGGCCCAACUGGUGAAGUGUGGAGUUUGAAGAACGCCCUUUCCGCACUCCAGAAUGAUCGGGAAAGAAUGCUCGAACAGGUGCAGAUGCAGCGCAACGAGCUGGAAAGACUCGGGUCCGGAGAGCUUGCAAAACUCACCAAGAUCCUGGAGGACGAAAGGAAUAAGACGGGAGAGAUGAAGAAAAGGAUGACACUGCUGCUCCAGGAGAGGGAUACACAGCUGGAGAGAGACAGGCAGGAACUGGAAAUGAUCAAGCUGGAGCGUAGCGACUUGCAGGCUCAAGCAGAGACUCUGAGGAAGCAAACGCUAACGACGCUUUCCGAACGUGACCAGCAGAUACGCCAACUCGGUGCCAUGCUGGAGGAGGCGCGAUCAUCCGAGCCCAAACUCCUGCAGGCUCACACACACAGACAGGCAAGAAUUGCAGAAGACAGCGCCCCCGGAGGCCCCCUUGGGCAUAGCGAGGACUAUAAGGCAGAAUGUGUUCUUCUCCAGAAGAGGUUGGAUGAGGAGAUGGAGAUGAGGCUCAGCGUACAGGAGCAGCUCUCUACAGCACAGGACCAUCUCAAAAGAUAUAGGCAGGAGGAGUGGCACUCUGGGCCACGGGAUGUUCACUCGGAGACGGCAGUGCUCAUCGAUCCAGCAGAGGGCACUGUUACUCGGAGCCGGAGCGGAGGUCCAGGACUGAUCCGGAUGUUCCGCGGAGCGUUCUGCUCCCGCCAGAGAACGCCGCUGCUGGUGUCCCUGUACCUGCUGACCAUCCACGCCGUGCUGCUGCUCUGUCUGGGAGGAUUCCUCUGAGGGACAAGUCUCGCACGUCCUCUCGUCAGAGAAACCAGAUAACAAAAGGAAGGAGUCUGUCUCUGAGAGAGAUCGACAGUUACAGGACGUGUACUGACUUACAAACUUUCUUUUUAUUUCUUUCUUUUUCUUUACUUUUUUGUUUUAUAAAUGAAGGAAUUUCUUAACUAAUUUGCCAAAGUCUUCCUCGUAGAGUUUUAUCGAUGUGGUCAAAACUCAACUGACUGCCAAAAUCAACACGGUGUCUAACCCUAGGGGCCAUUAAUGAAAGGUCAUGGUGUAGAGUUAGCAUAGGCAUUCGACUACAUUCCAACUGGCUACACGCUGUUUUAAUUAAAUCUACAUUCAGGAGAGCAGUAAUGUUACAGAUAUAUAAUACAGUGCAAUGAGGAGGGAGGGAAUGUCCAGGGUGUGAGGUCACACUUCUGCAGUACUGUCCUGAUUACUAUAAACACUUUAUAAAUACUUUAAAAUAUUAAAUAUUGUAGCAUUUUACACACAUUUUUUCUGUAUGAGAAACAGGACGUUUGGUAUGUGCGAGUUAGGGAUCUUCAGAUCUUCUAAAGGCCUAGCAGGUGAAAUGAUUCAAAUUGUAAUAAAAAUGUAGACAGUAAUUACAAGAGGACCACUUAGAGGUUCGAACUCGGACACGUUCGUCUCCAUGGGGUCAAGAAAUGUGUCAUUUUCUAUUUACGUCUCUGAUCUGUUUGACUUUGCAUCUGCUCUGAUGAGAAGCUCUAAGGGAAUUGCUAUACAUGUAAAAAAAAAAAAAAUUAAAGCAGCGGUCAGUCAUUUUUAAAUCGAGCGCUUCAUCUGAUAUUCACCAAGCUCUGUUACAAAUAAUUGUCUCCAGAGGGGCAAAUCCACAUGAUGGGGACCACCAGCUUCCAACUGUCUCUACAGUAAUAAUUAAAAUAAAAUUAAAGCUGCAGUCAGUCAUUUUAAAAUCGGAUGCUUCUCAUGAUAUUCAGAGCUUUAUUAAAAAGUGGAGCAAAUCCACAUGAUGGGGGACCACCAGCUUUCAGCCAAUCAUGACACAGCGAGUCCUCACAUGUGACAAUAUUAUCAUUACAAUAUAAAAUAAAAUUAAAGCAGCAGUCAGUCAUUUUGAAGUCGUAGACUUCUCAUGUUGUCCCCGCAAGGUGCAUGCUUAAAGAACCAACCAGAUUCUCUACCAGUCAGUCAUAUUGUUUGUCAAUUUAGAAAGCUCCGCCCACCUGCCGAAGCCUUCAUUCUUUCUAGACUGUGUGUGUAAAAAUCGCAGCAAAAUCGGGCACCGUCUAAAACCAGUCAAAAAAUGUGUUACUUCUUAGACUUCAAAACACAUCCCCGCCUCUCUUCAGUGUGUCUGCGAAGGCCACACCCACAACAUGGUAGACAAAAGGUAGAAAGUUUUGUUUUGUUCGGUUCUUCCGGGAGAGGGGCGGGGCUUACUAAUUUAAAAAGCUCCAUGACUGACAGAUGGGUUUAAAUGUCACUGUGUCCUGAUUGGUCAGAUGUUAUGAGCAGGCGUUUUAUUAAAGCUUUCUCAGUAUGAGGACGAGCGUUCAGCUUAAACAUUAGUGACCGCUAACUACUGUUUUGUCAGUGUGUGCGUCGCCAUAGAAACGACUGAUGGUGGAGCUCUGGUUCGAACCUCUGAUAUCUUUAUCUUGUAAUUAGCGUGAUGCUAAAAUCAGAACAUUAAUACCUUGAAAUAUUUUAGUUUUUAAAUGUAGACGAUUUUUCUUUCCUUUCCUUGGUUGGCUGUUGCCGUGGCAACACCGAUAAAUAACUGCAGCUCACCAUGAAUAGUGCACAUCCCACAAUCAGGGUUUUAAUCUGGGCUUUACGCGAUUAAUUCAGAUCAAGUGCAAAUGUGAAUAACACUAAUUACAGGGUUCUCAUGUGCGUCACUUCACCUUUUAAAGACUUUUCUCGUGUCAGGAUUGGACCUGGUCCUAAUGUUAACUCUUUGUUCACCAGGUGAUUUUAAGCACAGCUCCGAGCGGGCUUUCUGUUUUACCUGUAUAAUGACCUGUAAAUGAUCCGUUUCCUCCUCUCUGUAUCUCUGUAGGGGUUAUUUUUUGCAAAUAAAGCUUAUUUAUACUAAGGGA